AUGGCGCUGUGGAACCCACUGGGCCUCGCCGACUACGGCUCCGACUCGGACGACAGCGACGUGGGCGCGGCGAGCUCGCCUCUGACGCUGGCGGAAGCGCGGGCGCCGGCCAACGAACGGCCUGUCGAUGGUUUGCCCGAGCUGCCGCCGCUGCCAGCUGGCACAUGCCGGCCCGCGACGCAAGCCAAGGUCGACCAGUACAUUGCGCACACACAGCGUGGCCUGAGCUUCACGGCGAGUCUUCGGAGCAAGAAGGAGUUUGACAACCCGUACAUCCUCGAGAAGGUCGUCGACUACUUUAGCAUCGAGGAGAUGCAGAGCAACUUGGACAAGGCCAAAUUCAAUCCGUACGGGUACCACGUUGGCGACAACUACAACCGCCUCGCACUCGCGCUUCGUUCGGAGCAGGAGGCGUUUGCGCAGCAGUGCGAGCUCAAUCCUGCACUGCGUUUUACGGCACCAACGGCUUUUGCCAACUACUAA